UCUCUCUUUGUGGAAGUAGCAGCAGCACUAGUUGUCUCAUGGAACUCAGUCAGGCAAAUGACCAUUCUCCUCUCUCCUCCUCUCUUCUCCUUCUCUCUACUCCUCUCUCCUCCUCUCUUCUUCUCCUGCUGUUUUCUCUCUGCUCAGAGGUAGUGGAAAAUCUAUUGCUCCUUUCUUCUCUUCUCCUCCUCUCUUCUCCUCUCUCCUCCUCUCUCCUCUCGUCCCCCUCUCACCCCUUGAGCUGGGGGUCAGCGGGGCUCUCUGUGUGUGAGGGAGGGGGGGGGGGGUUCAGGAUGGAAGCGAUGGCUCUCUAUUCGUUCCGAGCCACGGAGGGUGAUGAGCUCAGUUUCAACAAGGGAGACGUACUUAAGGUCAUCAACAUGGAAGAUGAUCCUAACUGGUACACAGCGGAGCUCAACAACAAGAAAGGAUACGUACCCAAAAACUAUAUCAAUCUGAGACCACACGCGUGGUUCGCAGGCCGUGUAUCCAGGGGGGUUGCAGAGGGCAGAUUGAGACAGAGGGACCGGGGAGCGUUCAUCGUGAGAGAGAGCGAGAGCGCUCCAGGAGAAUUCUCCAUGUCCGUCAGUUACGGGGACCAUGUGCAGCACUUCAAGGUGCUCCAGGACAGGUCAGGACAGUACUUUGUUUGGGAGGAGAUGUUCUUCUCUCUGAAUCAGAUGGUGGAGUUUUACCAUAGCAACAGCAUCGCCAAGGAGGGAACCGUCUUCCUACGAGACCCAGAACACCCUGCCAGGCACCCCCACCACGCCCAUGCUCUGUUUGACUUCACCCCCCACCACCACUCCCAGCUACGCUUCCUCCGCGGUGAUUUUAUCGACCUGCUCGACUGUUCCGAUUCGCUGCGCUGGAGAGGCCGUUGUCAUGGACGCGUUGGAUUCUUCCCCCCGGAGUAUGUCCAGGCCGUCUACCAAUGACCCCGCCCCAUCUACAACGGACCCCGCCCCAUCUACAACGGACCCCGCCCCAUCUACAACGGACCCCGCCCCAUCUACAACGGACCCCGCCCCAUCUACAACGGACCCCGCCCCAUCUACAACGGACCCCGCCCCCAUCUACAACGGACCCCGCCCCAUCUACAACGGACCCUGCCCCAUCUACAACGGACCCCGCCCCAUCUACAACGGACCCGGACCCCCAUCUACCAAUGACCCCGCCCCAUCUACAACGGACCCCGCCCCAUCUACCAAUGACCCCGCCCCAUCUA